CAAGGCGCGGAGACUGCAGAAAGCGGCGCGCAUCCUAAAACCCUAGCGAAACCCCGCAAAAUUUCUCUUAAACGAAGGUUUGUACAAGUCAGGCCAAUCUCCGACACCUUGCUGCCGGAGACCGCUUCCUUCCGCCUCCGCCUCCGCCUCCGCAUCCGCCUCCAUGAGUCUCAUAGCAGGCUCGUAUGAAAGAUUCAUUUGGGGGUUCAAGCUUAAACCGUCCGAACCCCAAACUCUGUCCCUCACCCCUCUUUUCUCCUACCCUUCUCAUCUCUCCGCCAUCAAAACCCUCGCCGCCGCUGGUCCUGUCGCUGCUUCCGGUGGCGCUGAUGAUACUAUCCACCUCUAUGACCUUUCCUCCGCUUCCUCUCUUGGAUCGCUUCACGACCACUCUGCAUCUCUAACUGCUCUUUCGUUCUACACCCCUCCCAACCUAUCGUUUCCUCGUAACCUCGUGUCUGCUGCUGCAGAUGGAUCCGUAUGUAUCUACGACGCCGACCCUUUUGUCCACCUUAAGACUGUGUUGCCUCACAGGAAGGCUAUUAACGAUCUUUCUAUCCACCCCUCUGGAAAGCUCGCGUUGACAGUGGGUCAUGAUGAGUGCUUGGCCAUGAUAAAUUUGGUUCGUGGAAAGAGGAGUUUCUAUUGCAGGUUGGGCAAAGAGGCCAGCUUGGUGAAUUUUGAUGUUGGUGGGGAUAAGUUUUUUAUGGUUAUGGAGGAGAAGGUAUCGGUGCAUGAGGCAGAGGAUGCACGGUUGCUGUGCGAAUUCGAGAACAAGAAGCGGGUUCUUUGUGCUACGCCUUGCGAGAAUGGCAUUCUGCUUACCGGUGGAGAGGACCGUUGUGUUACGGCGUGGGAUGUAAAAAGUGGGAAGGUGGCAUAUUCUAUAGAAGAAGCGCAUGCUGCCCGUGUGAAAGGGAUUGUUGUACUCACGAAGAAUUCCUCUGGCGCUUUCUCUGAUGAUGAUCCACACAUAGUUGCAUCUGCAUCAUCAGAUGGAGUUAUACGUGUUUGGGAUGUUCGAAUGGCCAUUAAGGACAAGCCAAAUCCACUAGCUGAGGCAAAUACAAAAUCAAGGCUGACUUGUCUUGCAGGAUCGGCUCUUAAAUCCCUUAGGCGACCACAGCUUGGGAAGAACAUUGAAGGAGAACCAAAGGCCACUGACAACAAUGAGUCGGCUGAGUAAAGAAAGAAAUUGGUAUUAAUUAGUUGGUGGGUUAAGUGAAAUCUGUAGUGGAGGAUUGUUCUUCAUUCCUGCUAUGUUAAGUUUUGACACGAAAGCAAGUGCUUAUAUUGAUUCACAUGAGAAAGUAUCAUUUCAUUUAA